CACUCUUUCAUUCAUUGGUUCGAAGCUCAUUGAUAGGAAAGUGGUAGUUUUGUGCAACCUUAAACCUAUUAAAAUGCGGGGUAUAUUUUCCCAAGGGAUGCUUAUGUGCGCUGUAGAUGGAGACAAGCUAGAAAUUUUAAAACCACCACCUAAAUCGGUUCCUGGGGAUCGUAUCAUUUUCGACGGCACGCCUCAAAUCCAGGCAAAAGAAAUCAAAAAGGACUAUUUUGCAAAAAUAUCGCCUCAUUUGAAGACCUCGGAUCGAAUGGUAGCUAUGUUGGGAGAUAAACCUUUCUCUGUACAAGGUAAAGGACUGGUCGUAUGCGACACUCUUAAAAGAGCAGCUAUUCGAUAGGAAAACAUUUGUCUCGAUGUUUGAAAAAUCUUUUUUGUUUUUUAUUAAAUAUUUUUUAGACAAUGUUUUUUUUUUAAACUAUGCUAAUUUGUAGUCAUUGUAUUUAAAAAUUUCUGGUUAUGUUGGUUAAUUGUUAUUUAGAAAAUUAUAUA